AAUCAAAUUUACUGUAAGUUCGCUCAUCUCUAAUGUUCACCAUAAGGUGUCUAUGCAUUCAAUUUGGAACAAGUUGUGAUACAUAGAUCAAAACCAUAAUUAGGAAAAUGAUGUAUUGGUCUGUAUGUCAAUGUGACAUUUUCCUUUUCAUUUUUCAGAAGACUCAUCUACAGCUAUCUUAUUUGUGUUUAUUGUUGACUACUCUACAGAACAGCUAUACAGAAGACUCAUCAACAGCUCUUUUCUUUUGCUUUAUUGUCUACUACUUAUCAGAGCCGCUUUUCAGAAAAUGCCGGGCUGCAUUGUCAACGGUUGCAAGUCAAGGAGCGUAAAAGGCGACCAUAAUAUCAUCAUGCAUUCCUUCCCAAGAGAGAGGGAUCGUAUCAUGGCAUGGCUAUUGGCUACAGAUCAAGAGUUUCCCAAAAUUGAUGAACUGGUUGACCACAUUCAUCUCUCUAAAACGAACAAUUAUCGGCUCUGCUCAGCCCAUUUUAAAACUACUGACUAUACCUUUAAUCCAAAUUCAGGAAAACAGAGGCUCACCCCCUUUGCCGUUCCUAGUAUUUUCCUACACGGGAUAUACAAGUUCAAGCUGCCGAGGCAGUUGAGGCUGAAAUCCUGAAUCCUCAAAAGAGGAAAAGAUUGGAUGAAGACGUAGCUUCAACCAAUGGUUUAAAGCCAGGGGAAAUGUGCCCAACCUGCCGAAAUAUUGUACCUCAUGUUAACCCAACUGAAACGGAGCCACAAGCCUCAGAGAUAACGAAAAAGGAAGCAGCAACUAUGUUUGACAGGAAUUGGGGAACCGGAAAUCAGUGUAUACAAGUAAAACCUACAACUUUCUCUAUAAAAAUACAAUGCAGAAGACUGGUUAAAAAAAAAAUCUUGAGAAAAAAAAAAUCAAGACAAAGCUUGGUAUUUGGAAACCUGCCUUCGGAGCCAUUGCAAGGUGCCAGUGUAAUAUUUUCGACUCCGAAAAAAAAUAUAGGACCAACUGGAUCAGCAACUCUUAACAGUGUACCUGAGUUUCAAGAAAGUUGUAGAGCUAGACACGAACUACUACCUGCCACGCUUUUAUCCGAAUUGACAAUUUCACCUAUACAACCUAUUGAAGACCCUGAAGUCACUGUUAUUGUGGAGGAAUCUACUCUGCAUGCCCCUAUAUCUGUUUUAGAAGUAGAUAAAAGUUUAUCAACAAUCACAACUCCAGUCUCAACAAAUGAAAGUAGUUCAAGUGAUGAUGAGGGAGACUCAGUUCAUUCAGAUGAUGAAGACUACGAAGAAGAGGACAGUCAGCAUGUGCUGAGUGAAAAAUUUGUAAAUGUAAAUGUACCACAUCAUGAAGAAAGAAAAUUCAUAGUUUAUGAAAGCUGUUUGGACACAUUACUAUACAAGAUGCCUUGUACCUCUAAUCCACCCUGCAACAAAAAAAUACUAAGAGUGUAUAAAAAAACAAAGGGAUCAUAUAUUUCAGUCUUUGCUGAAUUCGAGGCCAAACAUUUAAAAUGCAUAUGGCAGAGCCAGCCCCGAUUGGGAAAGAAACCAUUUGGAAAUUUACAGUUAGCUACUGCUAUCAUUACUAGUGGAAACACUUACAUCAAAAUCCAACAGUUCCUAAAAAUAUUUAAUAUUUUGGGAAUUAGCCAGGCUACUUACUACCGUAUCCAAAAAAUAUAUAUAUUUCCUGCAAUUGAAAAUUCUUGAACAAUUAAUCAAAAAUUAGAAAUGGAAAAAAUAUCACAACAUGCAGUAUGUGUUGCUGGAGAUGGACAAUGUGAUUCACCCGGGCACAGUGCAAAAUAUUGCAUAUACACAUUGAUGGAUGUAGAAACUAACAAAAUAUUGAAUUUCAACAUUCAACAAAUCGGUAUUGGUUUAUCCUCUGUUGCCCUUGAAAAAAUAGCGUGCAAGAAUGCCUUGGAAUUUCUACUGCAAAAUAAAGUGGACAUAGACAUCAUUUGCACUGACCGGCACGUAUCCAUCAGAAAAAUGCUGCGUGAGGAAUAUAAAACAAUUGGUCACCAGUUUGAUGUCUGGCACUUAGCUAAAUCUAUAGGAAAAAAGCUACUUGCCGUCAGCAAAAAAAAACAAAAAACUGCCAAGAUUUAGCAGAAUGGAUAGGACCAAUUAAAAAUCAUUUAUGGUGGAGUUCUAAUACUUGUGAAUGCAAUCCAGAUGAACUUGUAAACAGAUGGAACUCUGUCUUGUACCAUGUCACCAACGUUCAUUUUUGGAAGGAUGAUAAUGGUCAGGAAUCAUCUUGUCAUCAUGACCAACUCCCUGAGGACAUUCAGUCCACCCGAAAAUGGUUAAAAAAACAAAGUGCCUGUUAUGUUGAACUUGGAAAAAUUGUCAUGGAUACAAGACUACAAAAAGACCUUAGACAUCUUAGCAACUUUUGUCACACUGGAGAUCUGGAAGUGUUUCAUAGUUCACUAACAAAAUACAGGCCUAAAAGACUUCAUUUUAGUAUAGACAGGGUGUAUGCUCGAACACAGCUUGCUGCUCUUGACCAUAAUUAUAAUGAAUAGAGUGCAAGCAGUUGUUACAAGAGAGACUGAAACUAGCGGACCUUUAGGCACACCGAGGUACAAUCUUGCCU